AUGGUUUCGUUUGUUAAAAACUUUUCAGAUUCUUUGGAUGGGUAUGGUCCAUACAUUCCGAUACAGACUUCAAAACCGAUCGGGCAUUCAAGUCAAUCGACUCCGCCCCCCUACAGGAUGCCACCACAUCCGUUGCCUCCUCUUCCAGGGGCGACAAUAAGCGAUCCACCGCCAUCGGCUCCUGUCGUCAAUCUUCACACGCAUUCCAGUAAAUUUCCAAUAGAAAGAGAAGUAGUUUUGAACACGGGAGAUAAGAAUAAUAAAAUUCCAAUAUUGAGCGAAUAUAACAAAAAGCCAAAAUCAUCUGUUGCACCCGAAGGACCGACAAAACAAUUGGCCUGGACUGAUAAUGCCAAACAGUAUUUCGGACAAGAAAAUUGCUCAAGUUCAAUAGUUGAUAAUUCUUAUCCUUCACCAAACAUCAACAGACAGAAAAAAAAUUUAGAUCUCGAAAAAGGCGGUGGAGGCAGCGGCGUCGGCGGGAUCGGUAUCGGUGGAGGAUCGAAAGAAGAAAAAACUAAAAUAACGAAAACGUAUCACACGCUCAAAGACAUGAUUUCCAGUAGAUUUAAUAAGGGAAAGGAUAAUGUCGAGGAACAAAAACAAAUGAACAAUCAAACCGUAUCUAACGGAAAUGAUAGUGCGGGAGUUGUUUUGGGGGGUUCGAUGGGAGAAAAUCGUAGGAAUUAUAAAUCCGAACCUGGACAAGAGUCGGGAACCGUACAACAAAGGGUUUACGGAUCGCGGGAAAGAUUGAUUGACGGAUUCCCUCAGGAUGCUAACCAAAGAUUAAAUCAUAGAGACACGAGAGUCAUGCCGCCCCUACCCGUUCUGAGAGGAAAUCAUCAUCCGAAUUUUUCAGGGGCGAGCGACAUACUUUCUCCGAUACUGCCGAGUUCGCCGAUAUCACCGCAACAGCAGCAACGUCGUUUGGCACAGCAGAGUUACGAAUCGGAAAUUUUAAAUCAGCAUCAGCAAUUUCAGAGGAAAACUCAAAAUCAACCGAGCGGAGCGGAAACGGGGAUAAAUUAUUCUACGGCGAGAGCUCAUUUGGUUCAAACGAUCGAAGGGGGGAUUCCGCCGAGGGUGGUAGGAUCAGGACAAGAGCAGCAAUCCGUGCCCGGUAGACACGGACCGACGAAAAUGUUGCAGGAACCCAUAUACACGUCUGGAUCGUAUCAACACGUUCAACACCAAAGAAGAAUUCCGCCACCUCCGACCGGAGCAAAACCCGGUUUCCACGGUCCGGUCGGUGAUGUUUCGCAAUCGACGUCCAAUUUGGUCGAAUCCCAAGAAGGAAACUUGACGGCCAAUUUGGAAUCCAACGGUGUCUACAUAACGAAAACUCCAAAUCCGAAAUUCAACGAAAAUUACGCCUACAAUCAAAAUUUAAUUUACGGUACUCGGACGGGAUUAUCGUCGAUGCCGACAAAAGCGGAAAUAAAUCCGAUUCAACCGAAAUCGGAUAACGUCGGCGGAUCAUUCGAAUCCGAAACGGACGACGACGGAGGUUUUAAAAAAAAAAUUCAAAGGAAUUAUCAAGAGAGUAACAGAAUCGGAGAUGAUAGGAAAAACGAUGACGAGGAUAAAGGGUCGAGUGAGAAAAAAGAUGUCGGUGGUAGUCGUGAUAAUGAUGACGACGAUGACGAGGACGAGGACGAUGAUGAUAACAGAGCGGCGGCGGCGGCGGCGGAAAGACCAGGUUCGAGAAGUGAAAUUUUAACGUCAUCCGGAAGCGGAAAUCAAAAAAAUCAAGAGAACAAAGUAAUUUCUUCGGCCACGAGUUCGGAUUACGAAAAAGCAACGAAAAGAAGUUUGGGACAGGGUUCCUCUUUGGGAGAUUCCGGAAGAGGAAGUGCGGCUUAUUCAAGCGGUCGACAGGAUUCGGAAAGGGCAACUAACAUCGAUUAUGUGGAAAAAGUUACGGGAAAAGACAAAUCGGAAAACGUGAACGCCGAAGUUUUCGACGGAACCAAAAGAGACGUCAACUAUCCUCCACAUCCGAAAGGUUUUCCUCCAGGUGGUAACGAUUCAGCCGAAUGGGUAGAAAUCGUGGAAUCAGAAUUGCGACAAAUACUCGAUCCGAAAUUACACGGUUUGAGCAGUUUCGGUUCGGGUAGAGGAUCGACAAUGAGCGAAAGCGUUUCAUCUCUUACUCCUCCUCUUCCUCCACUAUCACCAGGAGGUUCUAGUCCGACACCGAAUCCGAGGCACAUGCGUUACAAACAUUCCAGAAAAUAUCCAUCGGGAAAAGGAGGAGGACAAAGGAACGGGAGCGGAGCGGUAGGAAGAGUCAAUUGGGGUGGUGGUAGAAGUGGUGGUAAAACGGGAGAAAAAUCAAGAUCCGGGGGCGGAAACAACAGUUCGAGAAAUUCAAAAGUUCCAUUAGCCACGUUCGGAGUCGAUACGGAUCUGGCAUCAACGACAACCGGACCUUUAGAAUCCGUUUUGGAUAGCAGACUAAGCGAUCAUUCGAGCGACGAAGAUUUAAGCACGACGAUAGACGCAUCCGAUGCUCUUGCCAUACGUCGACAACUUCAAGGUUUAGAGAACAUGUACUCGGAGGUCCUCAAACUGUUAGGAGUUAAAAAAUACGGUGGCCGUUACCAACCGACGGAUCCAAGAAAUAAAAGAAGAUACGGUUCAAUGUCAUCCAUACCAUCGUCAGUGAGCAGCAGACCGAUGAGAGAUAAAAAAAGAGACGACAGGAAAAAAGUUAAAGAUAUAAAGCUUUGGUAUGAUGGAAACCGCCGCGAUCGCCCAGUAAUGACGGAUGUGGACUUUCUCAAGAGUGUACAGGUUGAAUAUUCGGAAAUGAGUGUGUACGGGAUAAUGGAUGACACUAUGAAAACUUUGGAGUUAAAACAAGGAAAAUAG